AGUUUUGCUGGGCUGUGAGGGGAUGGGGAGGCUGGAAUAUGACCUCUCAGAGUUCCCUGUGCGCUUUUGAUCUCAGAGCAGAUUAUCAAGAGAGUGCUGUUUCAGUCACAAUAUGUAUAAGUUCAGUACUUUGUGCAGAUCGAGCUGCCAUUCAGGCAGAACUGGAAACAGAGUUCUUUAUGAGCUUUAUUUGCUGGUAGCUUUGUUUGUUUUAAAAGUUACUUCAGUAGUCAAGGGUUUGGAGGGAAAGGCACACUUUAGUUUGGAAGGUAUUGAUGAAGGAAUGUGAACCUGUUUAUUUUUGUUUCUUGGCGUGGGUUCUUUUCUCUGUAUGAUGUAAACUUAAAACUGAAUUCUGCUUUGGUGGUGCAACAGUUGCCAGACUCUUUGAAAGCCUUUGAAUUUGAGGUUCCUACUCCUACUCAUUGUGCUGCAUCAACAGAGUGGUUAGUCUGAUAGUUGGGGCAAGACAUCCAAAACUCUAUCCAUCAUAUCAACUUGGGGUUGAAUGGGCCUGGGAACUUUCCCAGACUGGAUAGUUUAGGAGUUGAUAGGAGUUGUUGCUAAGUUGGUUCCAGAGCGUGGGAAACUGACUGGGAGGGGAGAUCUGAAAUUUUACCUCUGUAGUGGGCUUUCUUCCUCCUUCAUGCAGUAUGUUGUUGUUCCUUAGAAUAAUUCUGGAACAGAACUUUUCUAGCACUCAAACAGCAGUGUUCAGGUGCUUGUUCAUUUUGAUUGCUAUUGCUAUAAAGAAUGCAGUUGCAUAUAUGUGUAUCACUGAAUGGCAUGGAGAGCUUCUGUUGAAGGACUAUUUCUGGCUUCCCUUGCAAUAAAAGUGCUAUUAACUUUCUGUCUGGAAAGCUCCUAUUCCUGGAAAGAACACAGCAUGACAAAAUGCUCACCAUCGUUGUGUAAGGGUACAUCUGGGGGACACACAGCCUGUUCUCUCUGCCCUGUUUUUAGGCAGGAGCUGAGGCCUGUGUACAGUUAGAUAUGUGGCAAUCCUAUGACUGACCUGUCUCAAGGUCUGGGGUUAAGGGAUCAGCAUCAUUUUGAACUAGCACCGUUCUGAUCCCUGGAGCUUGCAAGCUGUGCUCCUCUGCCUCAGUGCAGUCUCUGCUUGUUCAGCGGUUCUCUCUGAGCAGGUGAGCAGUGACAGAAAUGAGAAGAUGGAGCUGCUCCUUCCACGUAUCUUCUGUUGUCCUUCUGGACGUGUGUGUGAACCAUGCUUGGAAGGUAUGACAUCUGAAAGGGCAGCUGUGAGCAGCCUCCUCCCACUGAAGCCAUCUUGUUUGAGGGCCCCUAAAACUUGAACCUGGCACCGGCUAUCCCAUUAGUAUUUGUCCAUGCUGCGUUUUGAAACCACAAUUGUAAGCACCCUCAAUUGAAGUCAGUUCUACUGAAGUCAGUCAGAUGUGCUUCCAGGUAGAUAUGGUUAGGACUCUACAAGAGCUCUCUUUACAGUUAGCUAGGCCAAAGCAUUUGUAUUUAGAUUGUUUCCAUCAGAUGGACAAAUAGAAAGGGCAGUAACUCCAUGACAGAGCUCUGCUCCGAAUACAGAAAGUCACAGGUUCCAUUUGCACCUUCUCCAAGCUGGGUUGGAAGAAUUUCUGCCUGAAACAUUGGAGUGCUGGUGGCAGUUAGUGUCAUCGACAGAUGGAAUAGCACCCUAGGCUGGCACUCUAUUAAGCGGCUUCCUGUGCUCUAGUAUAUAAUAGCUUGUGCUAUGUUUCUGCUGUACCAUAAAGGGCCCCGCGGCGGCGGCUGCAGCAAGCUCAGCGCUGUCGGAGGACGACGGUCCCCACCGGCGGCACCCCAUGGAGAAUUACCGGAACGCCACCGAGGUUCAGAUGAGCCAGAUGGUGCAGCCGUGUCACACCAACUAUCGCGGAGAGCUCAGCAUCGGGCAGCUCCUGAAAUGGAUCGACACAGCAGCCUGCCUUUCCGCCGAGAGGCAUGCUGGCUGCUCCUGCGUCACAGCUUCAGUGGACGAUAUCUAUUUUGAGCACACAAUUAGACAGCUGCGUAUAAGUCCUCUCUGGUACUCAUGUGGAAAGAAUGAAGCCUGUGUCGGGCAGGUUGUCAACAUCAAAGCAAAAGUGAACCGAGCCUUUAACUCUAGCAUGGAGGUUGGUGUACAGGUGAGCUAUGAGGAUUUGUGCAAUGGGGAACAAUGGAAUGUGUGCAAGGCAUAUGCAACAUUUGUUGCACAAGGCAAACCAACCACUAAGAUCAAAUUAAAGCCCUUCAUUCCACAAACAGAAGAGGAGAAGACUGAGUACAGCAUUGCUGCAGAGCGCCGCCGUAUGAGACUGGCCCAUACAGAUACGAUCAAAGAUCUCUCCACCAACAGCCCUGUGCAGUUUGAGCUUGAGAACAGGGAGUGCACUUCGGUGGUACCUGCAAAAGAGACCCGAGUGGAAAGUGUAGAGCUAAUUCUGCCACCACAUGCCAACCAUCAGGGGAACACAUUUGGAGGACAGAUCAUGGCAUGGAUGGAAAAUGUGGCCACAAUAGCAGCAAGCCGAUUGUGUCAUGCUCACCCCACCCUAAAGACAAUUGAAAUGUUCCACUUCAGGGGGCCUUCUCAAGUUGGGGACCGACUCCUGUUUAAGGCUAUUGUCAACAAUGCAUUCAAAUACAGCAUGGAGGUUGGUGUGUGUGUAGAGGCCUAUCGACAUGAGAUGGAAGUCAACCGAAGGCACAUCAACAGUGCCUUCAUGACCUUUGUGGUCUUGAAUGAAGAGGGUCAGCCACGCACACUUCCAGUUUUGAAACCAGAACCAGGGGAUGGACAAAGACGAUUUAAAGAAGCUAGCGCUAGGCAAAAAAUUAGACUGGACAGAAAAUAUGUCAUUUCCUGUAAACAUACAGAAGUACCUUUGUCUGUGCCUUGGGACCAAAGUAACAAGGUUUAUCUGAGUUACAACAAUGUUACUGCUCUGAAGACAUUAGUUGCUAAAGCCAACUGGGUACUUGCAUCAGAAAGAGACAAGGUGAAGAUGUACACACUGGAGGAGGACAAGUUCCUCUCUAUCCGAAUAGAGAUGACCAUCUGCAUUGAUGCAAUGCGGGCCUUCCUGCUGCUCUCAGACCUGCGGCGCCGGCCUGAGUGGGAUAAGCAUUAUGCGAGUUCUGAACUUGUCCAGCAUGUUGACAAAGAUGACAUGAUCUAUCAUGUAAUUAGUCGAACGAUGAGUGAGGAAAAGAAGGUUCAGGACUUUGUCAUUCUGGUGUCACGAAGAAAACCUUGUAGCAGAGGUGAUCCGUAUGUUGUAGCAUUCAGAUCAGUUACGUUGCCAACACAUCCAGCAAAGCCAGAAUACACACGAGGGGAAACUUUAUGUUCUGGUUUCUGUAUUUGGCAGGAAACAGAAGAGCUCGCUAAGAUUUCCUAUUACCACCAAGCUACUUCAGGUGUGCUGACUUACAUCACAACCAACAUUGCUGGCCUUUCUUCAAGCUUCCACUCCACCUUUCAAGACUGUGAACAGUUUCUCCAGAAGAACAAAGACAGCAUUGCUAUUGAGCCAGAGAUUCUAUAGUGGCACCACUAUUUUUGGGCAAUAUUUUGUUUUUGUCUCAUGACAAAAAUUAGAAUUGAAUGUUGAAGUCUGCUGUAAAUAUUGAAGUGUCUUCUCUAUAUAUCUGAGAAAGGGAGAAGAAACAGAUUUUUUUUUCCAAUUCAUACAUUGCAUAGCUUGAAAUUUGGGAAAUAAUCAUUUUAUUGGCUUGCAAUCAGAAUGAGAAUUUCUAUCUUGGACAAUUUAUUUUUCCAAACUAUAAUGAUUACAGUGUCUGCACUUAUUCAGGAAUCAUUAUAUGAAGAUUCUUCCUGGAUUUUGCAAGUCCUUAAUUGUCCCUGUUGGCUUCUGUUGAAGUCUUGCAUUGAUUUGAUUGACAGGAAAAUCUGAUGUAAAGGAAAACUUGAAAAAUUGACAUUUUUAAAAUCAGCACAUUUCUUACCUUUUCCAGCACAAUAGGUUAGAGAAGGGAGUAAACAUAUGUAUUAAAAAUCAGUAGCUUACAAGCUGUAAAGAAAAUAUAACUUUUUCAUAUACAAGUAGAAGUAGUGAAGCUCAUUUUAAAGUGCCUUUUUACCCAAGGGAAUGAAGAUUCACAAGAAUUCAAAAUGAAAAUUCAUAAGAAGUACAUUUCUUUAUUGAAAGAAUCUAGAGAAUAAUAUUAGAAUUGGUGGAGGAUACUUCCAACAUUAAGUUUUAACUCUUUCACUUCAGGGCACAUUGCACAAAUACAAAAUAUUAAAUCAUGUCACAUGAUGACAAUUUAAACAUUCUUUAUGAAAGUGUUUUCCCUUAGAUUUCCCUGAUUGUUGGAAGUUGCCUAUUUUUUUUUUUCCAAAUCUGGCCAAGCCAGAGGAAGAAUAGGUAAUUUUACUGCAGAGCAAUUGUUCCUCUCAUCUAAAGCUCAUUCAAGCUUGACCCUCUGGUAGGAAGAAAUUUCGUUCUCUUCUUUGAUCACUGAGUACCUGAUCUUCUGUUUUGCUAGAUAGGUCUUUUCUCCUAUACUUUUGCACAAACAUUAUCGGUUCUGUCUCCUGGAAUCUUUUAUUGCUUCUCAGAUGAGGCAAUUUACUGAAAUAAAUGGCAAUAAAAGCAUAUCUAAAAGGAAAAAAAAAAGAAUCCUGACUUUGCCUUCUCCAGGGAUAUGCUGUUUAGUUCAUCCAUGGAACAGGUGGCUGGCUGGCUUCUGCCUCAUAACGCAUGUGAAGUUGUGUAUAUGUUGGCAUCAUUUUUUUCUCUUCAAGCUUCAGAGGAUUUAGUGUGAACAUGUGCUUAGCCAGCGGGUGUGGGGCUUCAGCAAACAGCCCUCAGAUAUUGUUGGAUUAAAACUCCUAUUAGCCAUGCCUCUGGCCAUGCUGGUUCAGGCUAAUGAGGGUCGGAGCCCAAGAAAAUACAGAGGGACGAAGCUUCUCAGGUGUGGUUUGAUCCCAUACACUCACUGCAUAUAAGAACAGCUGCAACAGUCGGCUAAGGAAUGGUUUCCAUGUCCUAUCACCAGGGUAAGUUACCAUGAUUGAGCUACUUUUUGUGCAUACAAUGAUACUGUAUGUCCAAAGGCACUGGUGCAACAUUGUGUAGGCUAGAACUAAUUGUGGGCCCUGGCAUCACAACAGCAGAAGACACUUAUCUUUACCAAUGUCAUAAUGCUUGUAAUAUUUUCCUGCUUUGCCGUAUUUCCAUAUAUCUACACUUAGAAUAUGCAGGCAAGGAGACUGAAGACAGGUAUAGAAAUCAGUGGUAUAGUUUUAAUUUUAAAAAAAUCAAGUUCUUAGCAUUGGAAAUAUUCAGAAAUAAGGCUGAAAACUCAUGAACCAUGAAUAUUAAACCUCAGAGACUAGAGUCACUUUGAGGAAUAGUGUCAUGAAAAACUUAAAGGAAACACCAAUCAGAGGUUCAAUGAGAAUUUUUACUGUUUUCGGCCAGCAAAACCAGAACAGCAACAGCAGUUGUAUCUCCAUCCAAUUAAGUCUAAUGCCACCUGGUAAAUAAACAGUAUAAUGGCAUUAUCCACACAUAGUGUGUCAGUGCUCUGCACAGAACAAAUAUAAAAUAUGCAUGUUCACUUGAUUUGCAUAAUUAAUGUAGGUUAUCUAAUUUGUUUUUUCUUGAAACAAUCUUACCUUGGUGUACAACCUAUUGGUUUUUCAGUUUACACAGAGUCUUGCCUAUCUGCCUUUAAUUAUUAAAAACUGUGUUAAAAUGCAUAA